UACAAAUGUUUAUGGCGUAGCGCUGCUAACGGUUGAGGAUCUGAUCUCGGCAGCGCUGAGUUUCAUUCUGAUGCAUAACAAUCAGCGAAUCUUCAAGCAAGCACUCGUAGGCACCAAUCAACACGCGCUCUCGGAACGAUACCAAAUCGCUGAGAAUAUCAAAAUUACAAGGUUUAGUUGUUUUUUUCAUUGUAAAUAA